AUGUCUCUGAGUACGGCGGUACUUUACAUGGAAUGCCAGCAUGCUACUGUGGUUUAUUAUGAUCGAAAUUACCUGUCCGAUGUUGUUUUCACCUCAAAAAGGUAUAAACGCGAGAACCCAAUAUACUUUCAGACCGUUAGCGGCAAAUUGCUUAAAUACGCGGAUAACUCCUACACCCUUCAUUUUUACAUAUAUGAGCUGUUGUCUAACACGUAUAAGCGUAGUUUCAUAGAAGUGAAUGCAAAUUUCUGCGAUUUUAUGAGUAAAGAUAACAUUUUUUCGCGAUCUCUCAAAUCAGCCAACUUCAAGUUGUUCACGCAAUGUCCUAUACCACCGGGAGAAUACCACUUGGACAACAUGACGACCCCGUUCGGACCGUUCUUGAAAGGAUUUCCAUUCAAACAGGGACGAAUAUAUUUCAACGUUACUAGAAACGACAAAGUCCUUGCAAGUGCAUACGCAGACAUGCGUAUUAAAGAAAUGGCGGCAAAAGAGUUCUACAAAUACAUAGCUGUUCGAACAACAACAUAG